AUGGCGAUCCGCGAGCAUCUGUAUUUGGCGCUUCACGGCGCAAUGGCCAUCUUCAGGGGGAGGCAGCGGCUCUUAGACCCCUGGAUCUCAGCAGGUGCAGUCUCCACACAAGGGCUCGAGCAGCUGGCCUCAUCAGCAAAGCCACAGCAACCCGCGUCAACAGCUCCCGCUGACGCUAUAAUCGAACAGCGCAAGCAGGCUUUUCUUCGGGGUCCUCUGGUUCCGUAUGACUUCAAUUGGAUUUCAGCAGUGAGGGCGUCGAGGGCCAUGCGAGCGGCAGUAGCAUGCCGCAGCCUGCAGCAACAAAAGCAGCAACAAAAACAGGAAGACCAGCAGUGGGUGGAGGAGUGGAGUAUGCACGCCCGCGAAUUGCUGCAAAAGCUGCAGUACUGCGAAUUUUUGAAGCCGUCAUUCUUGCUGGCACGUUUCGCUCUUCGCCCCCUCGAAGGCCUCUUAGAGCAACUUGCUGCCAUGCAGCUCCAGCAGCCGAAGGAAGGGAGUCGUGCAGCUGCGGCGACUGCUGCUCCAGCUGACACCUGCAGGAGGGGGCUUCGAGCCAAGGAGCAGCUCGCCAUCAAUCUUGCAUCUUCCCGCUUUCGCCAAGCAGUCGCGAAGGCCACGAUCAUCCCGGAACUUGUCAUUCCUGCCGAUCGCCUCUCGGGGCCUAGUGCUGGCGUGUUCAGGCGGCUCUUCAAGGAAGAUCGAUCUGGGGGUGUGCGGGUUCCUCAGGAAGGAUCGAACUACGAGACUGUACUGGCGCUCCUGCAAAGCCUGAAUCCUGGGAGUUCGAAGCGCGCAACGUUUCAACAACAUGCGCCGUUUGCCGAUGACUUGGCAGCGCAGUGGGUGUGUUUGCGGAGCAACUCCACCAGCAAGCCGCAGCAGACGCUGGUGCUGCAGCAGCUUCUGCAGCUGCUGCAGCAGAAGCAGCAGCUAGCAGCUCGGUGCGGCUACACCUGCUGGGCAGAAAUGCGCAUCAAGAGACAGACUGCAGAGGGAUCCUCCUGGAGAGAAGUGCCGCGCAUGCUGCGAUCCAUCGGGCAGGCAGCAGCCAAUAGAGCCCCCCCGCAGCUCCGAGAUGAGCUGCGCAAACAGCAGCAACAGCAACAGCAACAGGGGCAGCAACAAGGGCGUCUGAGCGUGGAUCAGUGGCUAGCAGCAGCGCUAAGGGCGUAUGGGAGAGGCGUGCGUGAUUUGGAGGUUGCUGCCUGGUUUCCCGAGUCAAUUGCAGUGCAGCGUGCGCCCCUUCUCUUAGCGGAGGCGUAUGGCUUAACACUUCAGCCUUUACUAAAGAAGCCGUGGAAGGGGUUUGGCAGGUGUGUUGUUUAUAGCCUCUCUCUUAAUAUGCCGCAGGCAUCCGAACUCGGGGCAAGGAGGCCUCCCUGUAGGUACGUUAGUGGGGUUGGUGCCUCCUGGCGUGCGUGCAUGCAUGCAGGUCGCUCAGCGGCUUCUCCUACAUGA